UGCUCUUGCCAUGUUUGCGGAAGCUCGGUGACAGCAGCUAACUGGAGGCUUGUCGUCUUCUUCUCCUUCUCUGUGGUUGUGUGUGUGUGUGUGUGUGUGUGUGUGUUUCUGAUCCAAACAUGAAUCUCCCGAAGGGCCCAGACUCUCUGUGCUUCGACAAAGAUGUUUUUAUGAAGGAUGACUUUGACGUGGACCAGUUUGUGGCGGAGUGUCGGAAGCAGGUCCAGCUGGAGGAGAUGAGGGAGGACCUGGAGCUUUACUACAAGCUGCUGAAAACAGCCAUGGUGGAGCUCAUCAACAAGGACUACGCCGACUUUGUCAACCUCUCCACCAACCUGGUGGGGAUGGACAAAGCCCUCAAUCAGCUCUCUGUGCCGUUGGGACAGUUACGAGAAGAGAUCAUGAGUCUGCGCUCCUGUGUGAGUGAAGUGAUUCAAGCUAUCGACAACCAGCUGUCCAAACAGGAGGAUCUGCAGAAGAAAAAGGUCUAUGUGUUGAGGCUAAUUCAGGUGGUGCGUUCAGUGGAGAAGAUUGAGAAGAUCCUCCACUCGCAGACCUCCAAGGAAUCCAGCUCUCUGGAAACCAGCAGUCCUUUGUUAGCAGGUCAGAUCCUGGAGAGGAUAGCUACAGAAUUCAACCAGCUACAAUUCCAUGCUGUACAGAGCAAAGGCAUGCCCCUGCUGGACAAAGUUAGACCUCGUAUCGCAGGGAUCACCUCCAUGCUGCAGCAGUCCCUUGAGGGCCUGCUGAUCGAGGGUCUUCAGACAUCCAAUGUGGACAUAGUGCGUCACUGCCUGAGGACGUAUGCCACCAUAGACAAGACCCGAGAUGCUGAGGCACUGGUGGGACAGGUGCUCGUCAAACCAUACAUGGAUCAGGUGAUAGUAGAAGAGGUGGUGAAGUCUAGUCCGAAUGGCCUCCAGUUGAUGUACACCAGACUGCUGGAGUUUGUUCCUCAUCACUGUAGACUGUUAAGAGAGGUGACUGGAGGAGGCAGAUCCAGUGACAAAGCCGACACCGUGCCAGGUUAUGAUUUCAUGGUGAACUCGGUUUGGCCGGAGAUAAUCAAAGGGGUCGAGGAGAGGUUGUCCUACCUCUUCAACCCUGGAAACCCUGACAUAUUCUAUGAGCGCUACAGUGCGAGCAUGGAGUUUGUGCGGAGGUUUGAGCGUCAGUGCAGCUCGCAGGCCAGUGUGAAGAGACUGAGAGUUCAUCCCUCCUACACCAGUUUCCACAACAAAUGGAACCUUCCUGUCUACUUUCAGCUACGGUACAAGGAAAUAGCAGGGAGUCUGGAGAUCGCCAUCAGUGAUGGACUCGAGGCAGCACCAGCUGGCAGUGCUUACCACCUGCAGGUGUCUGAGGUGUUGUGGUCCUGUCUAACGAGAUGUUGGUCUGACAAGGUCUACCUGUCACUACUGGCCCAUCGCUUCUGGAAGCUCACGCUGCAGCUCUACUCUCGAUACGCCAAGUUUCUCCAUGAGGUGUUGACGAAGAUUCCAGCCCCUGAGGUGACUAAAGAACCAGCCAGGCCUCUGCCCAGCUCAGCGUCCUCCACCUCCAGCCGAACCUCGAUGGAAGAUGGCGGCAGUGAGAGUGGGAGUCCUGCAUCUCUGUCCACCAAACAGCUGGUCUACAUUGCUGCUGACAUCCAAAAGCUUCAGGAGCAGAUCUCAGAGUUGUCAGAAAUGGUCCGACAGCGUUUAGAAGCAAUUGGAUUCAAAAACUUUGCGGUUGUGGAAGAUGCUCUGGCGGACUCCAAGGUUUCCCUGUCAAGUAGCGCUCCCACUCUGAACGCCAGGAUGACCCAGCAUCUGACUGAGCGCUCCUGCCGCUUCCUAAAGAGCGCGUCUGAGGUUCCACGACUUUACCGCAGGACCAACAAGGAUCUGCCGGUGCGUGCGUCAGCUUACAUGGACAACGCCUUACGUCCGUUACAUCAGUUGCUGAUGGAUUCGACAGGGCUGGUCACCCCCUCUACUGCACAAGAAUGGCUGCGAGUUGCACUUUGUGAGUGCACACAGAGGUACUAUGAGACCAUCUCAGAGGUGCUGAGCUCAGUGAGAAAGAUGGAGGAGAGUUUGAAGAGACUUAAGCAAGCGAGAAAGGGUGCGACCGCAGCUGCGGCGGCGGGAGCAAAUGGUGGACCGACAGACGACAGCAAGAUCCGUCUUCAGCUGGCGUUGGACGUGGAAUACCUGGGAGAGCAGAUCCAGAAGAUGGGUCUUCAGCCAAGUGACAUCUCCAUGUUUUCCAGCCUGAUGGACCUUGUGAAGGAGGCGCGAGAGCUUGCUGAACAGAACCAGUAAAACGUUGAUUCCACAAUAACUGGAACCCAUGAACCUGCUGCACUUAUCCCUGCGUUUUUGUGAAGACACUUGUCCCUGUCCAGACCAAAGUCAUGGGCUAGUUAAUGAUGGCCAUACCACGAAGAAUGUAGGAUGAUCUGAGAAAAACAUCUCUAUUUAAUGCAGAAUUCAGAGCAUUUUACUUCAGCAUUAGUUCAGCUGUAAAUGACUGUGUGAAACUGCUGCUGUCUGGAUCAUCAUGGCUUCUGCUGCAGGUUUGUGAAUACGAAGGACGGCACCAUGCUGAGUCCAUGAAAGAGAUUCCCAAAAUGACUGAUGUCGGUGGAGGAGGAGGAGGAGGAGGAGGAGGAGGGGUGAAGAUGCACUACUCGACAGAGAUUACUUUUUCUGAUUUGGUCAGAAAGCUCUAAAGAGAGAAUCAAACACUAUUGGUCUAAAUUCUGCUACUUGGUGAAGGAUUAAUCUCCAAUAAAGAAGUGUUUUAGUUGUAUGGAGGUUGUAUAGUAUGAUACGUUUAACAUAAUGAACUCUGGGGGGAAAGAAGGAGAGAACUUUGGAUACAGUGAUGAAUCUCUGUGUUUUUAAUACAAAGGUUGUAAGUGAACUACAAGUGGUUGUGAAUCACUCAUUCCAAAGCCCUGAUGGUUAUAAUUCUGUACACGUCAACAAGAUGUUCUUACCAAGGAGGUUCAAUUUGUUUGUUUGUCAGUGCAAUUAAGCAAAAGCUACUGAAUGAAUUUCCAUGAAUCCUGGGAAAAGGAUUUGUAACUUAGGCCACCUUUACAUUUUAGUGCUGAUCUGGAUCAGGGAGCGAAUCCAGGAAUUAUUUUCAUGACUUUUAUUUAACAUCACAAGAUUUUGGCCUUUUUGACAUUUUCACCUAAUUUCUCAGGGAAUAAUUAAUGGAUGUUGAUUUUAAAAUUCUGGCAUAUUUAGGUAACUUAUGCGUGUGUGUAAUCUGAUGCAGCUUUACUGAAUUUAAAGGGGACUGUUGGGCCUUUGCUCUACAACCAAGGAGCUUGUGUUUUUAUUAGUGUUUCUUUGUCUGUUAUUUAGCAAGAUUAUGUCAAAACUAGUCGACAGAUUACCAUGAAACUUGGUUGAACGAUGCGGUAUGGAUCUGGGAAGAACCCUUUAAAAUUUGAAGAGGAUCUACAUGAGGGAGCAGAUCCAGGAAUAUGAACCUCUGCUGAUUUCACUGAAACCAAUGCUACAGAUUCAUAAACCACAACCACAUCUGACCUGAAUUUAAACCAUGUUGUUAUGAAAACUCAUUCAGGUUGAAUGACCUGUAGUGCAGCAUUACUCGCUGACCUGCUUGCAUGUGAUGGAUGUUGAGACUCAUUUAAAACAGUUCAGUCUGAAACCCUGAUUAAAAAACAAUGACAGAUCAA